ACGCUAUCGCGACUGGAAUCAAUUGGUAUAAUCGAACGAAAUUGUCCUGAAAUGUAUCUUUGUACAGUAUAGUUCUAUGUCCUUUAUUGUUAGACGUUCCUUUGUGCACAUUAAAAGAUGCAUGUCGCGGUCAAAGAGCUAUCUCAUUUAUUUAAUUAGAGUAUUUUGUUAACGUGCAAACAGAACAACUAUCUUAUCGACGCGUAUUAGUAAAUGUACUGCGUUCCGGUACACACGUUCGUUCACUCGUGGGUUGUGAUGUGAUCUCGUAUUUCGCUGGGACUUUUAGUAGUGUAUUUAUAAUGUCCGUUGCAACUAUAGACUUUCACGAAUUGGAAAAGUUAAGUCCAAGUUUAGACAGAAAAUCUAAAUCAAGAGCAGAAGAAAUUCAAGCUAAAGAUGAAGCUAACAAGUACAGGAUCUUGCUGGAACCUGCCUUGGCAGGUGCCAUGAUUGCCAUCAACCUGGGCCAGACUUCGCUACAGAACUUAUACCUGAGGACAGCAUGUACAGUCGACUUAAAUUAUGGACCACAGAUUUGUGACAAAGGAGUGGGGGAGGAGUUUCGAGAAGCAGAGGCUGCGAGUCAAAUGUUAGUAUCAAGUAUUAAUAUCAGUAGAAGUUUUGUGGGAUCCCUGAUUGCGACUGUGGUCCUUCUUUUUGUGGGUCCUUGGAGUGACUACAGUGGUCGUCGGAAACCUCUGCUGAUUCUGCCAUUGGUGGGCAUGUCUGUCAUGACUACUGGGGUACUCUUGCUAAUUACUUUUCCUGGAGCAACUACAGAGCAAGUGCUGUAUGCAGUCCAAAUACCCAUUUCAAUGGGUGGUAAUUUCGGCCUACUAUUGGCGGCCGCUUUUAGUUACAUAGGAGAUGUUUGCCACGCAACAGGCCGUGACGUCACUCGAACGAUGGGUGGUCACCGAGCAGCCAUUCAGAUAUCACACGUGGUCGGCGCGGUCAGUGGACCCCUCCUCUACAGACAUCUAGGAUUCUACGGUGUGUUCCCAGUUGUUUUAUUACUGCAGUUAUCAUCCCUAGUCUACGUGAUUAUUAUGGUGAAGGAUGUGAAUGUAAAUACUGAUAACAAGGUGUCUGUCCUAAACUGGAGACUGCCGGUCAACGCUGUCACGUGUCUCGUGAAGAAAAGAGACGGCUUCAAAAGAACGACCAUUCUGUUAAUGUUGGUUGUCGCAUUGGGCGAUAGGAUGUUUUUGUCAGCUGAAGUGUUGAUCGCGUAUAUGUACUACAGAUACAAGUUCCACUGGGAUGACGUCUUGUUCGGUGGUUUCUUGGCCUAUAGGAACAUCGUCAGUUUUACUGGAACAUUAAUAAUCUUGACCAUUCUAAAGCGUCGACUAAACCUGUCUGACGAGGUGGUGGGAGCCUUGAGCUGCGCUUCGUACGUCCUUGCAUCAACUGGCCUCAUAGCAGCCACUACUACACUGGCUGUUUUCAUGGUGCCCUUGGUGGGAAUAAUUUCACAAGGAUCUCAAGUGGUUCAAAGGCCCAUUUUAAACAAACAAAUUUUUCCCAAUGAACAAGGAAAAAUAUACAGCGUACUGGGUGCCCUAGAAUCUGCAACACAGAUCCUGUCAUCUCCACUUUACUCUUUGCUUUAUAGCAAAACAGUAUCUACAAUGCCUGAUGCUUGGCUACUGCCUGGCAUCGUACUAGCCAUUAUACAACUGCUAGCGUACUUAGUCACCAGGAGAUUAAAUAUUUUAUCUGCAAAUAGUGCGCCAAUCAAGAAAAAUAUACCUCUUGAAGAUAGAGGCGAAACAGAAAGAUUGAGGAAAAAGGAUGAAGAUGUCAAAUCUGAAACUGUAAAAGAUCCACCGAAUGAUCUAGAAAAAUUGCAAACGUAAAAGAAAUAUAAACAUUUCGUUUUUA